AUGAAGCGGCUGAUGUUACCAUUUUCCGCUUACGAAGCUGCGCUCGUCGGGUUUGUUAAUCCUCUAUUCGGAUAUACGAAAUGUACAGGAUCAACUUUGGUUAUGAUCGAGUACGCCAAGCAGCGCAAAAUCAACUCGCUUCCGCUUUCCGAAGAAGACAAGGAUAAGGACUAUGUCGACAAGUCAGACAAAGAUAAAGACUGUGUCGACAAGUCAGAUAAGGAUAAGGACUAUGUCGACAAGUCAGACAAAAUAAAGACUAUGUCGACAAGUCAGACAAGGAUAAGGACUAUAUCGACAAGUCAGAUAAGGAUAAGGACUAUGUCGACAAGUCGGACAAGUAUUAAGAAAAG